AAAGAAAAGAGGCAAAGAAAAAGCAAGUCAACGAAAAAGAGAGAAGAAAAGGAAACUCGCCGUGUGCCUCAAAUCAGCAAGCACUGAUAUCCGCCAGCUUUUCCCUGGUGUCCUUUGUCGCUUUGCUUUCUGAUUUGUGUCCAGCAGUGUUCAGUGUUGCCAUCCAACUGCCACCCAGGCAAUCCACGCAAUUCCAAUCCAACUUGUAUCAAACAGACAACAACUCCAAAAUGGCCAACAACCUAACGCCCGUCUACUUCUUCAGCCAUGGAUCCACCAUGAUGCUUGGCGAGGAAUCUGAGUCGGCUGACUACUGGAAGAAGGCUGGUGAUGAUGCUUUAGCAAAGGGCAUCAAGGGAAUCGUCAUGAUGGGCGCUCACUGGGAUGCGCUCGGAGAUAGGCGCAUCGACGUCGCCACCAACCCAAACCCGGCGAAAUCACCAGUCGCCUACGUCCAUCCGAGCAAGUACGUCGACUACAAGCUCAACCCGGACCUGGUCGGCGCCGAAAAGGCCAUCUCUCUACUGAACGAGGCUGGCUUCGACGCGCGUGCCAACCCGACGUUUGAUUGGAUCCACGACACCUACCUGAUCCUGAUCCGGAUGUUCCCCAACGGCUGUCCGCCGACGACCCUGGUGUCCAUGAACGGCCGCUACGACCCGCACGAGCACCUCGCAGUCGGCGCGGCUCUCCGCCCGCUCCGUGCCCAGGGCUACCUCAUCAUCGGGUCCGGCGGUGCCGUCCACAACCUCUACAGGAACCACUGGAUGCCCAUGAUCCGCUUCAGCGACAACUUUGCCCAGGAGAGACCGCCGGAGCCGUGGGCGCUCGAGUUCCGUCAGGCCGUCGAGGACGUGCUCAGGAACAACAGCGGGCCCGCGCUGCGCCGCGCCGCCGCCCGCCUUAUGAAGCACCCACAGUUCAGGGAUGCACACGCCACCGACGAUCACUUCAUGCCCUUGCUCUUCGCGGCCGGUGCGGUGGGCGACGAGGAUGAUGAAGGGGCCAAUGGGAGGCUGAUGGCCGAGACCUGGGAGCUGACCAAUAUGUGCAAUAGUCAGUUCAUGUUUGGACAUUGGCCUGAGGCUAUCAAGGCGUAGGGGGAGGGUGUGAUUGUAAGGACGUUUGUACAAUUAUUUUGGGUAAUUUGGUUUUCAGUUCCCG